AAUUGUUCCUCCAGCUUGUCCUCGGUACACUUGUUCCAUGCUCUCGAAGCGGUGGAGACAAUAACCUAUGCAGAACGGAGCCUAAGACUGUGUUGUGCAGAAAGGACCCCGCAACUGCUCUAUGAUUGCUUGAGCAAGUCGUCGCAUCGAGAAGUAGGCACGGAUACUUGGAAACUCAAUCGCUUCAAGAGGAAAGGAAGAACUGUCAAGCAGUCGAUAAUUGACCGUCGUUAAGCACAUCGACUCUCGAUAUUGGUAGCCAACAGACAAGCAACUCGCCAUCUCACUAUUUGAUCAUCAUACGAGUUCAAAAUGGGCUGGUUCGACGGCCGGUCCUCUGUUUCGACAUCUGGGGCCUAUGUCCGGAAGCGCUCAGAUCGGUCCCCUUCACGCCGGUCCACUACUGGCUAUUCCACCCAUCACAGCCGUCAUUCUGCGCCUUCGAUCUUUGAUUUCGGGAGUACUCGUGGACGCUCAAGCCCGUCUGUGUUCUCUUCCUCGUCGCGAAGGGCACGUCCUCGCUCUGGGUUCAUUCACCGUGUGGUCCGCUACAUCAGGCGCUUAUUCCGUGACAUCGUCAAUUAUGCCCGGCGUCAUCCGGUGAAAGUUUUCAUGCUUGUUGUCGUUCCCUUGAUCACUAGCGGUGUGCUUGUCAAGCUCUUCUCCAUGAUCGGAAUUCAUCUGCCGAAGCAUAUAUUCGGAGGCAGCUCUUCGCGCUCCGGUAGUGGGGGCGGCGGCAUGGCCAGCAACAUCAAUGGACUGAUGAACAUCGCGAAGAUGCUGAUGUAG